AUGACCGAUGCCGGCUUACGAGACUGGCCUCCGGGGCUCACGGACCUGCGGCUGGCAUGCGAGGAAUGCCACAAGCGCAAGAUCCGCUGCGAGGCCCCUCAGGAUGGAGCCCAGGGUUCCUGCCAGGCGUGUCGCGCCAACGGCCGGACGUGCCUCUUCUCGCUGAAGAACAAAACCGGGCGACCCCGCAAGUCCAAGCCGGCUCAGUUUCACUGGGCCUCCAAGGCUGUAUCCCCACGGCCGCUCGGGGCCCAUGAACGACCAGGAUCCCCUCUAGACAGCGUCGCGGCGGUCCGCUCCUAUGGAAUCGCGCGCGGUUUGAGUAUGGAGCAGCAUGAACCCGGUGGUCAGUCAGCAAUGGCCGAGCACUACGCAGAUACUCUCCCCUGUGACACCGGCUUGAAGGCCCCUGGCGGACCCCCAUAUUUCAGGCAGCUCCCAUGGCCCCCUGAGUUUGCAACAGGACGAGACGUUCUCGAUCCUCUUCCGGGCAGCACUCCCGGUGGCGAGGAGCAGGCUCCGAGUCCGGGGCUCUUUCACCUCGGAGAUGAUUUUGUCUUCGACAUGCCCGAAAGCGUGACCAACACUAAGCCGGCCUUCUCGGCCAUUUCGCAUAACGACACGCUGGAGCUGGACCAGGGGCGGGAAACCCGACCGCACCUCGCAGCUCUGAGGACAACCCUGUCGCCGGACGAGGCAAGUGACGCGGGGGGCUUCCGAGACUCAGGUCGUACCGACUCUGUUCACACCCAGGCCGAUACCGUGACAAACGCAAGCUGGGGCAAGGCGAUGCGCGGCGACUUUUCAGACUUGAUGCGGCUGUGCGGUGAGAUGACACCGCGCUACCAGAGCAAGGUACUGGACGUCGCGGCGCGGGCCGACAAGCAGGAGCUCGCGGUCGUCGUCGGCAACAUGGAAGAGUUAGGGCACAAGGCGGCGGCGGCGAUGCAUGACGCCGCCACCACCGCGAGCGCAUCGUCGGGGGCUCCACCCAGCCGGCAGGAGCAGUAUCAGUGGAUGCUGACGCGCGUGGCCGUCUUGGGCGCCGUCGACAUCGCUGCCGACCUGGUCCAGCACAACCUGGCCAUCAACAAGAUUGAAGCACGCGGGGCGGUGGAUGCGACGGCGGCGAACGAGGCCGACAUUGAAGACGGGUCCGACCUGAGCAUGACGGACGCGACGGCGGCGCUUAGUACUAGAUUCGGGGCGCAAGGAGACCACGGCGAGGAGGAUGCAUUGGGCGGAGGGCGGGCGGCGGACUCCCUCGAGAGCGUGCUGGCGCUGGUUCGUCUGGACCACGCGCUGCUGCAGUUCUCUCUUUUCCUCAUGGCGGAUCAGUGCGACGUUGAGGGCUGCGGUGAUCCGUGCAGGGGCAUCGGAUCAUCCACUAGUAGGCCUGGACACAGCUGCCCCGGACGAACCAGGACGUCGACGCUGGACAGGUUAGAGCAGAUACGCGCGCAGGCCUGGGCGUUGGCGGAGGGAAUGAGGAGGCUCUCCGUACAAACAAUCCGUUCUUUGGCGUGGGAUACAGCGAAAGAGCAAAGACUUAGCGCAAGCAGCCGCAAAGGUCCUUGCAACAUGGACUCAACCUACGUUCCGCGGGGAAAAACCACGAGGCUGAGGCCCGCGGACGAGGCUGCCUCGUCUAAGGCUGCCCGCGACAACAUGGAGCGACAAGCCUUCCAUGAGUGGCCAAACGAGGCCGGGUUUGACGGUCUGACCGAACAGCGCGGCCCCAUCGAGCUCAAAGUCGAGGGCAACAUCCCGGCAUGGACAGCCGGCUCCCUCUACCGGACCGGCCCCGGCCAGUGCAAAGUCGAAGACACUAAGUCGGGCACCUUCCACAUCUCGCACUGGUUCGACGGGCUCGCCCACACCCACAGGUUUGACAUCGUCGUCGAUGGGCCGGUGGUGCAUGUCUAUUAUUCGUCUCGUCGCCAGUCCGACAAAGUCGCCGCUGACAUCAAGGCCGCGGGCACCUUGCGGUCCAUAUCCUUUGCCCAGAGGCUAGAUCCUUGCGUCGGCCUUUUUGGCAAGGUUAUGAGCGCCUUCGAAAAGCGUUCAGAUAUUCACAACGUCGGCGUGACGGUCGGCGUCAACCUGCCUUCGUUCAAAUCUCGGCCAACCAAUCCAGACGUCGACGUUCACGGCCACCGUGCCACCAAUCUUGUCAUCGCAACAGACGCCGCCGUCCUGUGCGAGAUGGACCCUAGCACCAUGGAGCCCAUUAGCUUCCCGAACCACUCCAGGUUCCACCCGGACCUCAAGGGGCCCCUCGGGAGUGCCCACGCGAUGCUCGACCCGGAGACGGGCGAUUACAUCAACUACAACCUCGACCUCGGCAAGCAGCCUGUGUACCGCGUCUUCCGCGUUGCCGCCGCCAGCGGUAAGACCGAUAUCCUUGCGACCAUACCGUACAAGGCCGCCUACGUCCACAGCUUCUUCAUGACGCCAAACUACGUCGUCCUUUGCUUGCCUGUAGCCGACUACAAGUGGAAUGGCCUGAAGAUGCUGUGGGAGGGCAACCUGAAGGACUCUUUCAAGCCCUUCGACCCGUCCGAGAAGUGCCGGUGGUUCGUGAUCGACCGGCACCAUGGUAAGGGCGUCGUGGCCGAGUUCGCCUCACCGGCCAGCUUCUUCUUCCACACUGUGAACGCCUUCGAGGGUGACGACGGUGAUGUCUUUUGCGAGCUUGUCAAGUUCCCGAACCGAUACAUCCUCGAUGGGCUAUACUACGACGUCAUCCUCGACCGCAACGGCAAGGCCACCGAGUUCUGGACCGACGGCCAGCGAGCGCAGCAAUGCUUUCCGCGGCUCGUGAGGUACCGCCUGCGCAAGAAGGACUUUGCCAUUAGGGCCCCCCCCGCCGCGGGGCCUCCCGCCCCCGAGCUAGUCACUGAGAUCACAUCGCCGCACUCCGGCGACCUGCCUGUCAUCAACCCCAAGUACCGGUGCAAAAAGCACCGGUACACGUACAUGGUCGUCUCUCGCGUCUUAAGCACCAUGCUCGACGCCAUCAUCAAGCUCGAUACCGAGACGCGUGAGCUGCUGCAGUGGGAGGGCCCCAAAGGCCACACCCCCGGGGAAGCCAUCUUCGUCCCGCGUCCUGCUGCCGACGCGGAGAUGCUGGACGAGGACGAUGGCGUGCUACUGAGCGUCGUCCUCGACGGUGCCAACCGCAUCAGCUACCUGCUGUGCGUGGAUGCCAAGACCAUGACGGAGCUGGGGCGCGCUGAGUGCGAGUUUGCCGUCGCGAUUGGACUGCAUGGCUGCCAUGUACCGGCUACGGCUGAUUGA